AUGAUUUUCAGACGAGAUCCGGGGGAAUCAACGGUACUAAGAAGGAUUGUCCGAUUUGGAGAGAGGAGAUCUCAUCAAAUCUCCCUCUCCCAUGGCAUUUAUGUCACGAGGAGUCAUUUGGAGGAAGCGGGGAAAUAUCAAGGGGAUUUCCGAUCUGUUCUGGGGAUAUGGGGAUAUCACAGAUCUGUAUUUGAAAUGGGAUUCAGUGGUCUGUUUCUAGAGGAUUUGGGUCACAUCGGAGGCUUUAAUUUGGAUCAAAUCGGGGUUGUACGAAUAUGGGAGGAAAAGACGGAAUCAGCUGAAUACGGACCCGUCGGAUGGGUCAGGGGCAGGGGAUGGUUUGGUCAACUGAUGGGUUUACAAAGAGUUUGGAUGGGUCUUUGCAACAGGUUUUCAAUAAGGUGGUCAGGGGAAGGGCGGAGGAAUCCCAGAUUACAACUUGUCUUUUCUGUCAUGUUUUCGCAGUGUUGUUUUUCAUUGAAGUUUCUUCUUUUCCGUUUAAGUUAUAAUAAGGUUUCUAUGGAGAAUCCGUGUGGUACUUGUGGUGAUUCUCUGUUUCUUGGUAAUAAAACUAUGGUUAUGUUUUGGCUUCAUGUGACUACUCAUUCGUUAGAUAUACGCCCGGCUUUUCAGGUCGAUGUUGUAGAGGAAUGUAUUUUGGACAAGCAGUGGGGAUUUGAAUAUCGAAUAGAGGCUAUAUAUUGGUUCGAAGUUAGACGUUGGUUUUUGGCUAUGGGACAUGUUAUGUUUGGUCAACAUCCGGCUAAUGUCGUUCUUUACCAGUGUUGUUUGUCUUUGAAUAACGCUCUCUCGAGGUUUGGUCACAAAAGAGGUGAUAUCGAUGAUCGCUCUGAUGGCACUUCUGGUGAUCUUUGGUUAUUCCUUAAUAAAACUUAUAUUGUGUUUCUCCCUUCAUGGUUUGCAUUUUAUCUCGAUAUACACGGAGAUGGGAAUCAUGGUAUUAGAUUGAGGGAUAAAGCGAAAUGUAUCUUCAUUGAUUGUGGUGUCUUGGUGUUUCGGGUGCGGGACAUCAGAAUUUUAUCUGACAAUGUAAUAGGGUGGCGAGGGUACAAGACCAAAAGGAUGAGGAUAUGGGGAACUGGGACGGACAAGGGCACCGAUCACGGCCGGAAAGAAAAAGUUUGUUACAAUGAGAGUACUGAGUUGGAACUGUCAGGGCUUGGGGUACAUAUGGUCGAACCUCGUGGAGCUAGCGGUGGGUUGGCUUUGUUCUAUAAUAACAUUUAUGAUGUCACUAUUAUCUCCUCAAAUAAACGAAUAAUUGAUAUUGAAGCCCGCCAUGAAGGCCAAGUAAUAUUUAUGUCCUUCGUUUAUGGUGAUCCAGUGGUUAAAUUGCGGGAUCUUGUUUGGGAGCGAAUUACAAGGAUCAGAACAACAAGGACGGAACCAUGGUUUCUUAUAUGCGAUUUUAAUGAGAUUACAGAAAACGAGGAGAAACAGGGCGGGCCUUUACACCAAGCUUCCUCGUUUCUCUCGUUUAACUUGAUGAUAAGUGAUUGUGGUCUUGUGGAUUUCCCGAGUCGUGGAAAUACUCUAUCAUGGAGAGGCAGGAGGCGGGGAAAAAUAGUCAGGUGCAGACUAGACAGAGCACUAGCUACGGAAGGAUGGCAUGAUCUGUUUCCGGUGUCUUAUGUGGAAUACCUACAGAUGAUUGGCUCUGAUCAUAGGCCAAUAUUGGCUACACUGGACUCCAAAAUAACAAGACGAUGA